UUCUUUCAGGAAAGCCCAAAGUGUAUCAAGGUGUUAGAGUAAAGAUUACAGUUAAGGAGUUACUGCAGCAGAGGAGAGCACGACAAGCAGCAACCAGCUCAGCGGUUUCUUGGGGCAGCAGCAGCAGCAUCCAGUUUUCAGAGUCUGUGUCUCCUCCUCACCCAGCACCUUUUGACACAGAGUCCAUCUCUUCUGUUCCCAACUAUUGUCCAUCGUGGCAGUUUUCAAAUUGCCUCUCCUGCGAAGAAAGCCCUAGCUAUUUGGAGCAGCUGGUAGAUUCCUGUCUUCAGACAGAUGCGCCCUUAGACUCAGCCUUCAGUGCUUUCCAGACGUCCUCGCAUCACACCUCAGACGCCUUCCAGCCAGUUCCGCUCUGCUUUACCCAAGGCCUGGCUGCCGGAUCGCCCAGUUCAGCUGAUCUGUCCGGCCCAUUAAACUAUAGCUGCUCUCCUCCUCAGCUCUCUCCUUUCACUCCACUGACCCACAGCCCACCCUCUGCCCUGGACACCAAGACCUGUGGCUACCCUGCAGAGGAGUGGUCCUGCCAUCCCCCCGCCCCAUACACCACCUCCACCUGCUGCUGCACAGCCUGUGGCUCCCAGCACGUGGACAACAGGGUCCCGCAGUACUUCCCCUGCCCCAGCACCGACUGCAUGGACUACCUGCCGCCUGUGGCCAUGGCUGAUGACUUCUUCAGAAGGGACAGGAACUGUGACAUCUGCUACAGCUAA